AUGAAUGAUGAUAAUGAUGAUGAUGAUGAUUCUACUUCUACUUUUUCUACUACAACUACAACAACUAAUGAAGCAACAAUAACAACAUUUGAAAAUUAUGAACAAGUAUUAAAAAAACGUAAUGAAAUUAUGAAUACAUUAGAAUUUUAUAGAAGAAUGAAAAAAGAAGGAUCCAUUAUUAAUUCUAAUAAAUUAUAUCAAGAUGGUAAACAACAAUCACCAUUAUUUGAAGUUUAUAGAGAAGUUAAAUUCUUUCUAAAAGCCAAUGAAAAGGGAAGUAAAACACAAUUACGUGUUGUUGAAACAUUAUUAGAUAAAUUAGUUGAAACUAUAAAAGAAGUAGGAGAUAUUGAAACAGCUAGAACAUUAUUAAAAUUAUUAAAGAAACGUAUUGAUAAUUGUAAUGAAAUGGGAUUAUCAAGUGAAAAUAUAGUUUUACAAUUAAAAUUAAAACCUAAAAUUACAAAAUUAUUACAAAUAAUUAUAAAUACAGGUGAUGUAACAGGUGCAAUUAAUUUUUUAAGAAAUGCCAAGAAUGAACAUGGACAAACAGCACCAUAUAUAGGAACAUCAGCAUUUACAGUAGUAUUAAAUGGAUUAAUUAAAGAAAUUAAAGUAUUUAAUCCAACAUGUGAACAUAAUUUAGUUGUAAUGAAAAGAGCAAUGGAAUUAUUUAAUUGGAUGGAUGAAUCUGAUCAAGUUUUAGUUCCACCUGAUGAAUUUACAUUUACUACUUUAAUUAGAGGUUAUGCUUUAAUUAAUGAUAUGAGUAUGGCAAUGGAAUUAUUUAAUCAAAUGUCAACUGAAUAUGGUAUGAAACCACCUACUUUAACAAAAGAUAUUAUUAUUGAAGGUUUUAUUAAGGAAGGUAAUAUUGAAAAGGCUUUUCAAUUUUUUAAAGAUUAUUGUAAUGAAGAUUUUGAUGGUUAUUAUAAUUCUUUAAUUACUGGUUUUACACAUGAAGGAAAUUUAACAAAGGCAUUUGAAUUA